AUGGAAGAGAAAGUCAAGCUUAUCAGAAAAAGAUUAGAAGAAGCUAAUGAUCGACAGAAAAGUUAUGCAGAUGUAAAACUAUUGGAAGUGGUAAACCCAGUUGCCUACAGGAUUGCUCUACCACCAGCUCUUGCCUGGUUGCAUGAUGUAUUUGAUGUUUCCUAUUUGAAAAAGUAUGUUUCAGAUUUUGCACAUAUGAUUGAUUGGAACUCCUUGCAGGUACAAGACCCAGGGGUGGUCAUGAUCGAGCCAAUCAGCGUACUCGAGGUACGUAAGCAGCGCUUACGUAACACAAAAGUUACUCAGUGCAAUGUCCAGUGGGACCAGUACACUAAGGACAAUGCCACUUGGGAAGAUUAUAAUGAAAUCCAUCAGCGAUUUCCACACCUGUUUAAUGUUUUUAAUAGCUAA